UUGGAUUCUUCAUUAGUUGAUAAAUCUUCCUCAACGGUUUUGAAGGCUUACCAGGUUCUUAGAACUAAGCCUAGAGGAUACGAUGAUGUGAAGUUUAUGUUGGAGCUCUCCAACAAAACACUGGCUAUUUUGUCGCUUCUUAAGUCCCAUGAGUUGGCGGAUAUCUGUGAAAUACUGGCUCUGCAUAAGUAUAGGAAUAUACUUUUGAUGCACGGAAUAUCGGAAUCAUUAUACUGGCUGUGUAAGCUGAAGAAGGUUAAACUGAGGGAACUGAGUAUAUUUUUAAAAGCGUGUUAUAUUUUGAGGUUGGACGGCAAAAAAUAUGUCAAAUUUAGGUACAUACCGAAUGUAAGAUAUUUGGACGCCUUCUUCAAAGAGAUUGAAGAUGUGCGUCACCUAAAGAGCGUGGGAGACCACUUGAGAUUUUUGCAAUUCUUGGUUCACUCGGAUCUCUGGAUAUCGGAAAAGUACGUUAAAAAGUAUCUACGGUUGUACGAGCACUGUGUGAAGCACAUGGGACUUAUGUCCUACAACCACCUGUCCACUUUUAGUCAGACGCAACUGGUAGUAGACGACUCGGACGAAGAUGUUUUUGACUUAAUCUGUCUGAAUUUCGAAAGGGAGUUGAGUGGUUCCGACAUGUCACACGUGAGGAUGCUUAACAAUUCGCUGCUGUGUUCGAAGAUCAGGGAUCUGCCGACGCCGUUUGCAAGAGUGUUAAAGUACUUUUUAAAUGAAUGCAGGGGUUCGAUAACACCAGAAUUCACGGUUGAGGCCUUAGCGCUUCUGUCCAAGUUCUACUACCGAGAUACAGAAUGUUUAAAUAAAAUAGGACUUUGUAUUUCUGGUAAUAUACACAAUUAUUCGUCCUCCCAGUUGGCAUCAUGUUUGAAUCACUUUGCGUCGCUUUCGUAUAAGCACAAGCCACUAAUAAUCGCAGUUUCCAGAUAUGUAGCAGGUAUUUAUGUCUACAAAGAUUUGUACUCUAAGUUCAGCAUUAUCGCAUCACUGUCUAAUUUGAUAUCUAAAGUAAAAUAUAACCACAUCAGUUCAAUUAACGCUGUAUCUGCAACUUCAAACGAUGGAGUAUCUGAAAUUAAGAAGCUCAUUGAAUCGGACAAUAACGGUUUCGAUGACAACGCUGUUGGUGAUAGUGUGAGGGGAAGCGUUAUUAAUAUCGUUGACAAUGUGGAUAAGAGGCCACGAAGGUCUGUUCUGAGGAAGCUUAGGAGAUCAUUGCCAGCAGUAAGGGAGAGUAAAGAUAAGGAGGGCGAGUUGAAAUACGUGCCAGAGUCGACGGAUAUUAUAAGUGUGCAGUCGUUAUCGCAGUACUUUAGUAACUUUUACUCAACAUAUUUUAAUGGAGAGCAUCCAGCACUGAGAAGGCUGAAUAACAGAAGGUCGAUGAAGCAGCAACUUGAAAAGAAUAAAAGGGGACCGGAGUUUGAAUUCAGUAAGUGCCUGUCCAACGUAUACUACGAAAGGAAACAUGACGGGAACGUUAACUCCUCGAUUAGAAGAAUCAAGUAUAAAAUGAAGUACUCGGGAUCGAGGAUAGUUCAGCCAUCAACUUUCUACAUAAAUCAAGUUAAAAUAUUGAAACGAUGUUUCCUAUCACCAUAUGUUAAGUUUAAUGCUGAUAAUAAGGGUUGGGAACUGAAUAAAGGGCUUGAGAGUGUAGUUAGUAAAUUGGUGUCUGGUGAAUCGUUGGUUGGAAAUAAUAGUUUAAUGUAUGUGGACAAUAAAGUGUUACUAAAACCAUAUCAUCAAAAAUACAGAUUUAAACACAAGACGAUGAAGGAAUUUGGGAAGAUAAUGGGUUUGAGUAACAAGGUUGACGGAAUAAUUAGGUAUUUUACGGACAAUAAUCUGUGGAGCUACACACACAAGGAAAACAGCAUUGUUACAAGUCAACCGUGUGUAGUGGACUAUAUAGCAAGUGUUAUUAGCUCGUUUUCUAGACUUAAUUAUAUGCCCUUUUCCCUGUAUAAGUCGGUAUUAGAAGUGCCUAUUCCAAGAUUGGUUGAAGUAGUUAGAAGCGACUAUAGAAGGGAAGGUUCAAAUGUUAAUGUAUCGCGGUUUUUGAAUUCAGUUACUAAAAUAGUUGACUCGAUGAGAGUGACGAUGAUGCGUGAUAGGUCUGGAACGAUUGUAUCUAGAUUAGAGGAACUGCUCUGUUCGGAGGGGUUCGUUUCACUUAUUGCUGAAUAUUAUGCUAAGGAAGAGUGUGUAGAAUAUAGACUAUGUUGUAAGCUUGUCGACCAUAUGUGUAGAAUUAGCUUCUGUAAGUAUUUGAAGGAUCCAGCUUUUAAGAACGGGAACACAUCAAACUCGUCUUCAAGUGCCAAUGACUUGCAUCAAACCACAAGGCUUGGAACCAUUAUAUCGACCCUUUGUAGACUAAUUUGUAUAAUAGAUGAAAAGGGGUUUCUUGAUAAGACUGAUUUUGAGGAAAAGUCGCUUGUGGAUAUAAUAAACAAUGUUGUCUAUGUGUCAUGGCUGAGUAAGUUGGUUCAGAGUAAAGAUGAGGGCUUUAAUGGAUCGAUAGAAGGCGUUUCAGGUGAAAUGUCGAGUAAAAUAUAUGGAAUUUUGCAAAAAUGUGUUUGGAAGAUCCUGGAAUCACUGGAAAGGAACGAGUGUGACACGCAUCUGGUACAAAAGUAUAUGGAUGCUUUAAAUAGAUAUAAAGAGUUAAUAAAGUAUGAUGAGGAGAAGAUAUCAGUGGUUUGUGAGGAGAAUGGGAGCAGAUAUCUGAGAUCUGGCGAAGAAUCCGCGUCGAGUGUCGAAGACUAUUACACAAGGAUUAUGAAUAAGUAUAAGCUCAAUAGCGGCAUGAUAAGAAGUGAGAAUCAGCUUCUUUACGAUAUAAAAAAUAGGUUAAUGCCUAAAUUUGUUCCUACUGUGAUUUUUAAUCGUAAUUUACUCUUUUCUUCAUAUACAUAUUUAUCAAGCAUGAGUUACAUAUCUUCCUCCAGUGUCGUGGUCAAUAGCGCCUAUAACUCGUCCUCUCACUCACAGGCGGGACGGAACGCGAGUUCGGACCAAAAGUUGGUAACAAUCACGCACAAAGGCAAGGAGGCGCCCAUCAGAUACGUCGUCCACGAAAUAAUUAGGAUUUUGGCAAAGCACAGGAGGCCGUUGCACACGCUCGAGCUCGAGAAGGCGCUCCGCAACAUUGGAUUUGACGGAGUGAACAUAUCCACGAACAAGGAGCUCUUUGAGCUCCUGGAGAACAACAAGAUGAUCGACUUCAACACGACCACGAAGAGGCUGCUGUACAAGAACAGGUUCGAGUCGGUGGUCAGCCAGGAGACGCUGCUGGCCUACGUCGUGAACAACGUGGGCUCCAGCGGGCUCAGAGUUAACCUGGAGCUGCUGACCAACAGCGCCUCGAUGGUCACGUGGAUCAACGAGCUGCUGAAACAUCGCAAAAUCCGCGCAAUUCGCUCGAACCUGUCGCACGCCAAGGGCAAGAAGAAGUGCAGGUACGCCGGCACGCAGAACCAGUGCAGCCUCUACAGCUCCUCGAAGUGCCAGGAGUGCUACAACAACGUCGACGGCCUCGUGCUCUUCCCCCUGGGCAAGGAGCACUUCGAGCAGGAGCGCUACAAGCUGGACCACGACAUAAAGUCGCUCUGGGACUCGGUAACCGUUCCGCCUAACGAGGACCUGCUUCGUGACUACAACAUCAGUCAGGCCGUGAUCAACUUUCAGCCGACUCAGCCUGAGAAGCGGAAGAAGAAGGAAUCCAAGGGGUACGGUCUCAAGAUAUUGUUGCUGUUAUUAUAG